AUGGCCGAAGCAGAUCUGUCUGGCAAAGUCGUUUCACCUGAUCGUCUAGCACACGUUGUGCUUAGGACAGGGCGAUUUAAGCUCGUGGUUGAGUUUUAUAAGAUCUUUCUAGGCGCGCAUGUCGUGUUAGAGAGUGGAUCGAUAGCAUUCUUAACUUAUGAUGGUGAGCAUCAUCGUAUCGCUAUCAUAGCGAUGCCCGGCUUGGAAAAUAAAAUCCGGCUGAGCGCUGGCCUGGACCAUAUGGCAUUCACCUUCAAAACAUUAAACGACCUCGCAACGGCCUAUGUGCAACGCAAAGCUCAUGGUAUACUACCCGUCUGGUGUGUCAAUCACGGACCGACCAUGAGUAUGUACUACCAGGAUCCCGACGGCAAUGUACUCGAAACGCAGGUAGAUAACUUCGACGCGGCUGAGUCUGCCAAAUUCAUGACUACUCCCGAGUUCGCCGAGAACCCCAUCGGCGUCGAUUUCGAUCCAGAGGACCUAGUUAGACGAUUAAAGAGUGGCGAACCAGAAUCGGAUAUUAUCAAACGUCCCAAUAUCGGUCCUCGUGGGGUUGAGGGAAUUCCGCUCCUACAUCUGCCACUACCUGUCGUUAAGGAGAGUUAUGGGCUUGUCGAAAGUACUGCUUGA